AGGUGAGGAGGGUGGGAGGUGGGAGAGACAAGAACAUAUAAAGGGGAAUUGCUCGUGUCCGUCUUGUGUUUUUAUUCCACAUUUUGCACGAGGCUCCUGAAUGCAAAAUGCAGCGAUUCUUCCUCAGCUGCUUGCUGGUUUCUGGCUGCUGCUGCGCCGGGGCGGUGCGCAGGGAGUACUACAUCGGCAUUUCGGAGACCGAGUGGAGCUACGCGCCCGGCGACGCCAGCGCCGUGUCCGGACGGCGCCUCGCAGAAGACGAGCAGGCCAGAGUCUUUCUCCAAAGAGGGCCGCACAGGAUCGGCAGCACGUACAAGAAGGCCGUCUACACGCAGUACACCGACCAGCUGUAUGACGUGGCGGUCGACAAACCUUCCUGGCUGGGGUUUUUAGGCCCUAUCAUCAAGGGAGAAGUUGGAGAUUCCAUUAUUAUUCACUUGAAAAACUUUGCUUCCAGAAACUACACACUGCAUCCACAUGGUGUAACAUACACGAAGGAAAAUGAAGGUGCUCUGUACCCGGACAACACCGGGGCUGUGCAGAAGAGGGACGAUGCCGUGGAGCCUGGAGGCCAGUUCACGUACACGUGGGACGUGACGGAGGACCAGGGCCCCGCGGAGGGGGACGCCGACUGCGUGACCAGGGCGUACCACUCCCACAUCGACGCGCCCAGAGAUGUUGCCUCCGGGCUUGUUGGGCCUUUGAUCAUUUGCAGGAAAGGUACAAUGAAUACGGACAGUGACAAACGCUUUGAUGCUGAAUUUAUCCUCAUGUUUUCUGUGAUGGAUGAAAAUCUCAGUUGGUAUCUGGACGAUAAUAUCAGGACAUACUGCUCUGAGCCUUCCAAAGUUGACAAAGAUGAUGAGGACUUCCAGGAAAGCAACAAAAUGCACUCUAUCAACGGGUACAUGUAUGGGUACCUCCCGAACCUCACCAUGUGUGUGGAAGAUAAGGUGAAAUGGCAUCUUUUUGGCAUGGGUAAUGAGGCUGAUAUCCAUUCAGCCUACUUCCAUGGACAGACCUUAAUAGAAAGGCAUCAUCGAGUUGACACCAUCAGCCUCUUCCCAGCCACAUUUGUCGAUGCCGUCAUGACACCAAGGAAUCCUGGAGAAUGGCUGCUCAGCUGCCAAGUGAACGAUCAUAUCCAAGGUGGUAUGCAGGCCCUUUUUAAAGUAAAGGACUGUAGGAAAUCCACAACAGUUCACAGUGAGAGUACAAGGGUAAGACGGUACUUCAUUGCUGCGGAAGAGGUCAUCUGGAAUUAUGGCCCAUCUGCGAUGAACCACUUUACAGGACAAGAAUUGAUCGCUGACAGUGAAUCUCGCGUAUUUUUUGAACAAAGUGAGAUGAGAAUUGGUGGCUCUUAUAAAAAAGCCGUUUACAAAGAAUACACAGACGGUUCUUUCACUGAACAUAAAAAAAGAGUCGCAGAGGAAGCACAUCUUGGACUCUUAGGACCUGUUAUCAAGGCUGAAGUGGGCGAGAGCAUCAGGGUGACCUUCCGUAACAAUGCCAGCCGCCCAUUUAGCAUCCAGCCCCAUGGCUUGAGUUACCGCAAGAGCGACGAGGGGGCAUCGUACUCCAGAGGUACUGACUCUCCAGCCUCUCAUGUGAGCCCUGGUGCUACAUUUACAUAUGAGUGGAACGUGCCAGAAGACGUGGGCCCCACAGACCAGGAUCCAGACUGUCUAACGUGGCUGUACUACUCAGCUGUGGAUGCGGUCAGAGACACCAGCGCUGGCCUCGUGGGGCCUCUGCUGGUGUGCAGGAGAGGAGCUCUGCUCCCGUCGGGGAGACAGAAAAAUGUGGAUAUGGAGUUUUUUCUGCUUGCCACAGUAUUUGAUGAGAAUCUGAGCUGGUACUUGGAUGACAAUAUUUUGAUGUUUACAUUAAAUCCUAAUAAAAUUGACAAAGAUGAUGAGGAUUUCCAAGAGUCUAACAAAAUGCACUCUAUCAAUGGUUACAUGUACGGAAACCAGCCUGGCCUCGGGAUGUGUAAAGGAAGCGUGGUUUCCUGGCAUUUGAUGGGCUUGGGCUCAGAAGUUGAUGUCCAUGGGAUAUACUUUUCAGAAAACACGUUCACAGCCAGAGGCACAAGAAGGGAUACAGCAAACCUGUUUCCACAUACGUUUCUUACAGCCAUUAUGAAGCCUGAUUCUGAAGGAGUUUUUGAAGUGUCCUGCCUGACAACGGAUCACUACACGGGGGGCAUGAAGCAGAACUACAGAGUGAAGCAAUGCCACUGGUGGAACGUGGAUCUGUCUGUGUACUUGCAUGAGAAGACGUACUACAUUGCUGCGGUGGAAGUGGAGUGGGACUAUUCUCCUAACAGGACAUGGGAAUUUGAGCGGCAUCAAUACCACGAGGACAGUCCUGGCAAUCAAUUUUUAAAUAAAGAGGACAGGUUCAUUGGCUCAAAAUACAGAAAGGUGGUGUAUCGUGAAUACACCGAUGGGACGUUCAGCACUCCCAAACACAGGGCGGAGGAGCAGCAGCACCUGGAAAUUCAAGGGCCACUGCUUAUGUCAAAUAUUGGAGAUAAAAUUGUAAUAGUUUUUAAGAACUUGGCAUCAAGACCUUAUUCCAUACACGCCCAUGGAGUGAAAACAGAUAGUUCUGCUGUUGCCGUAACUAACCCAGGUGAAACAAAAACAUAUGUCUGGAAAAUCCCAGCGAGAUCUAGUUCUGAGAGAGGAGACCCGCCUUGUAUCGCAUGGGCGUACCAUUCAACGGUGGACAUCGUUAAGGACACUUACAGUGGAUUAAUAGGCACUCUCGUUGUCUGUCACAGACAUUAUUUGCCAUCAUUUCAGACUAAAAAGAAAGUUCAAUUUGCUCUUCUUUUUAUGGUUUUUGAUGAAAAUGAGUCAUGGUACUUGGAUGAAAACAUUAAAACCUAUUCUCCCAACCCACACCUUGUCGACAAAGAGGAUGAGGAAUUCCUUGAAAGUAAUAAAAUGCAUGCCAUCAACGGGAAGGUGUUCGGCAAUCUCCGCGGGCUGACUAUGCACGUCGGAGAUCGGGUCAGCUGGUAUUUGAUGGGCAUGGGCAACGAGAUCGACAUUCACACAGCGCAUUUCCACGGCCACAGCUUCGACUACAAGCAAACAGGGGUGUACCGGGCAGACGUCUUUGAUCUUUUCCCUGGGACAUUUCAAACGGUGGAAAUGAUCCCGCGGAACCCUGGGACGUGGCUGCUGCACUGCCACGUCACCGACCACGUCCACGCCGGCAUGGAGGCCACCUACACGGUGCUCCCGAGGGAAGACAAACAGUCUCUGUUCCCAAGAUUGUCCAGCCGGUUCAAGUGUGAGGGUUCAGCAGCGACACCCGAGUGACGAGAACGCCUUAGCGCGGGGUCCGGCACGGCCUGCGGUCACGGGAGCACCAUCUCCCGGACAGUUCAUCUCCACGUGUGUUCUGGAAGAUUUCACUUGAUGCCCGUGGCAAGAAAAGGGCCAUAGACUAAGGCAGUUAUGGACAGAACAGCUUAUAAGUAUCUUUUUCUCUAAAUGGUAUCUUUCAAGCUAAACACAUUCUGGGUGAUGCCUGACGCCUGUUGUUUGACUGCCGAGGGGCACGGAAGAGCCACACGAAACGUGCUUUCCUGGGUCUUUUGUUGGUUUUGUUUUUUGGUUGGUUGUGGGUUUGUUGUUUGUUUAUGUUUCUUUUUUCAAGUUUGGAAAUAACCCUGUGUAACAGCAACAUUUGUUUAGGUGUGUGCUGUCAGAUUGGAGAGUUUAUUAGUUAUUGCUUUGAAAAUAGGAAUUUGGUUAUCACUUUAUCCAUAGAAUCACACUUACAAUACAUAUACUGUCAUAUAAUUGAACGGCUAACAAAACAGUUCCAUUAUUUCUGUUUAAUAAUUUUACCCUGUAGCAUCUUUCAAGAUAAUAAAUGUGGAAGAUGCAGUG